AUGAACAAGAUUAAAAAAAAUUAAAGUAUCCUAACAUUGUAAAAUUAUUCAACUUUAUCAAGCUACAAAAAUUAUUUUUCAACACUAAUUAAUUAUCAACAUUUAUAAAAUUUAUAAGGAGAACUUUUGGAAGGAUAAAGAUACAGGCAUGCUUUACUGAAAUUAUUGCAGCUAAUUAUAUUAGAUAGAUAUCCUUAGUUAAUAUAUAUUGUUAUGAGAAAUAUUUUGUUCACAGAGAUCUAAAGCCAGAAACUGUUAUUGUUGUUAACAAAACAGAAUUUAUAGUUAAAGCUAAUAAAUGUUGGUGAAUCUAAAUUUGUCAAAAAUAAAUCCAUGAAUAAAGAUAUUGGAACUGUUAGAUUCAUCCUUAUAGCUAGCCUUUUAUGUUGCUCCAGAAGUAUUGAACCAUUAAUAUGAUGAAAAAUGUGAUUUAUAGUCUUGCGAAAUCAUAUUCUAUGUGCUAUUAUGCAGGAAUACACCAUUUACUGGGAGGAUUGAUCAUUAACUAUUAGAGAGUUUUAAUUAGGUGUCUUUAUUUUGAAAGUAUUAUAUUUACUAAAUUUAUAUCAUAAGAGUACGUGAUUUGGAGAAUAAAUCUAAAGAUGCUAAAUAAUUUAUAUGAAAAUUCUUAAGUGUUGAUCUUAAAAAGAGAUUAUUUCCAGAAAAAGUGUUUGAUGAUCAUUGAUUAUUAAAACACAAUCCUACAACUUAAUUAAAUUUAAGAGUGUUAAAAACCAUAUACAAUUUCAAGUAAAUAACAAUAUAAUCAGUAAGAAAUAAACACUGAUAAAUGUCAUCUAUGA